AUGUCUACAACUAAAAAGAAUGCCAAUUUGAGGGUGCAUACAAGAGAGACCCUCAAUGGCAACACCCCGGCUGGUUGUGGCAACAAAAAAGACAAUGUUUCUUUACCCACGCUGCCCUCCCGAGGCCUCCAGUCUGGGGUACUCUCCCCACAUCUAGCUCGUCUGUCUGUGGUUGAGCUUCCCCGCCUUGUAGCAGCAGUGGGCACUGAGAUUUCCAUAGGUGACUCAAUAGCAAUUGAGGGCCCAUGUUUAAUGGCAUCAGUGCUGGGAGCAGACAUUCCAAUCAAAGCUACAGACUCGCCACAAAUGGAUAUUGUUACUGAUGAUGCGCCCUCUGAGAGGCCCAAGGAGCAGCAUGAAAAGACAAAAACUAGAAAAGAAAGCAAGCACAAGUCUGAGCCUCUCACAGGUUUUGAAGUAGUGGAGAUAUUUGCAAAGAAAAGGCAUUUAGGGGAGCUGGAGUUCUAUUACUUGAAGGUUGUGGAAGAUGUACCCUACAGACCAUAUGACCUGCGUGUGGUCCCACGUAGCAAAGCGGGCUUGGAUCACUACAUUUUCUCUCCCGCCUCAGUGACGCACGUUCAGGGUGGCUGCAGUGCGGAGAUUGUAACUCUCGCGAGAUGGCAUCAGGAAGCCAUCCUCUGGAGAGCUCUGAGAGACAUUCCGUUUUUCAGAGACUAUUUACUACGCAAGUCUCUCAAACGGUGGUACAGGAACCUGAGGCUGGGGAACCUCCAGCGCAUCAGUGACACCCUUCAGGCUCAACUUCUGAUGUCAGUCCCUCAUUUCAGAGAGGCUUUGUUUCACAUUGCCGGACUGAUAGAAGAGCUUAAAAAGGUUUGCUGGCUGCCACGGGAUGUCUCCAAAACUUACACACUUCUGGAUUUCCAGACUGUUCUUAAAAGAAAGAAUCAAGAAGCUCAGGGUAUAUUAGAAAAAUUCCUUCAGUGCUGCACUCUGACACUAAACAUGGUUAAAGAAGAGAGCUAUGGAGCUUAUCAGGAGUUGCAACUGCGAAUUGAACGUUCCAAAAUCAGUCCACAUAACCAGCCCAUGCAUCUUCAACAUAGCCAGCCCAUGCAUCUUCAGCGGGUCCAGCUGCGUGAGCUACAAAGAGAACUGGGCCAGGCUGAGAGAGUCAUUCAACGUCUUGGAAACAUGGCUGCUCUUGUGAACCAUAUGAUUGUACAAUGCAUUCUCUCCAUCUUCCAGCAAGAAGUCAACUUCUUUGUCAAAGAUGUAUUGAAGGGGGGGCAUCCAGAACAGGUCAGUCUCUUCCAGGCGGAGCUGGUAUUUGGAACAGAUGGUCAGCUGACCCUCUUUCCACCAAUACACUUAUUUCAGGAAGUGUUACUUGGAGCAGUGGCAUCAGUGGCUGACUCUGUCCUGCAGGUUUUUGACUCAUGCAAAAAUUCUCCAGACUUUAAAGACUACAUGUCUGCUAGUGCCUCCUUCAUCAGGGACAUUCAAGCCUUGACAACAAGCACCACAGCUGAAUUGAAGGACGGUGAGCUCACUGCUGUUGCCAGUUUGCCCUCUAAAAAGAAAGCAUGUGUCAUGCCCAUUUCUACAUCAGUGUUACCUAUGAUUAAUCCUCUGAGUGUUCAGGGAGAGAAACUGAGAGGGCAUUACUAUCCACUAUCAAGAGGACAACUUGAGAGGCAACUGAGCCUCAAUGCCUGGGCUCAUGAAGCUCAGUGGGUGGAGUCCACAGUCUUGCAGGGUGCGACAGAAGUCCGGCAGCUGUGUGAAGGACAUUCCUGGUUGGUGGAUAUUCAUGUGUUCACAAGUGAAUGGAGCCAUGCUUCUUUGGAGGACAUGCGGGGCUGGUCCUCCUUCAAGUAUGAGGAGCAUAUUAAGAGGGUUCGCUCUUGCACUGACAAAGUCCACACAGUGCCCUCUUUCUUCACUACAUCCAAUAAGCUGUUCACAAUCCAUUGCUCUCACAUCCAAGAGAGGAUAGGAUUCCUGUUAAAAUCUAUCGACGAGGAUGUGCUAAAAAUGCUGAGUGAGGAAUUACAGUUACGCUCUGAUGCCUUAGUGUCUGAGCUGAAGAGAGCUGUGAAGGGGCUUAUGUCAGAGCCUAACAACUUCAACGACUUUACAAAUUAUGCAAGCAUGGUGCUAGACCUGUGGGACCAGUUCACAGCUCUGCUGAAGCGAGCUGUAGAGACUGUUAGCCAUAGUCUGCCCUCAGUGGUUAACAACCUGGAUAGCGCUUUCUCUUCACUGGCAAAGGAGCUAGAGGGCCUGGUGUCUACUGCAACUACCGGCCCCUAUGUGGACCCCUCUCAAAAUGCUGCCCAGUUGCUUAAUAAUCUCAGUUCAACGUGCCGACAGAUGUAUAGAAUUGCAUCACAACUGAAUGAGCUUAGCAAGACCAGUAAAAACCUGAGAGGACACCCACUGGAUCUGACUUUUGUGGUAGAAGCAAAACGGAGUAUAGAGGCACGGAAAGAUCUAUGGGAGCUAAGGAGGGUCUCCACUGCCCAGAUCCAAGAAUGGAGGCUCCUUCUUUUUAGCAAGUUUCCAGUGGCUAGCGCCCAAGACAAGGUAAAUGAAUGGCUACAGAAGGCCACGUCUCUCACAAGAACAAUCCCCUCUCGUGAUGCGGUACUUGAGGAGACCGCGCAGACCCUGGAAGAGGUCAAACAGCAACUCUCUGUACUGGCCAAGCUAAGCAGCCCCACACUCAAACGCAAGCACUGGAUAAACAUCUUUAAAGGUAUAGGUCUUCUUUAUUCCCCUGCAUGGAACCUCACGGUGGCUGAUCUUAUGUCAAAAAAUGUUUGGAAGCACAACGGUAUAAUCAGCAAGAUCUGUCAAGAUUCCAAGGCUGAGACAGACAUGGAGCAGGUGUUUCAAAAACUUCAGCGGUUCUGGGAGGUGGCAUCAUUCCGGCUGGCAAAGUUUAUCAUUACUGUGUGGCCAAAGGAGAGCCUGGAGUUGGGAGAAGAACACCAGAAGAAACCUGGCAAUCCCUAUCUUUCUGCCCAAAAUUCUGCCAAACAGUACUCUUAUGACAGUGGAACAUUCACUAUCAUUGGUUUAGAAGCAGUACUGGCACAGACUGAGGACAGCAUAAUGACUCUGUCCAACAUGUUGCUCUCUCCCCACGUUGCUGAUUUCAGAGAGGAAGUUGAACAUUGGAUACAGCUUCUGCAGGAACUGGAGGAACUGCUUGAUUUUUGUGAAAGAUACCAGCAGAAAUGGGUCUUUCUCAGCAAAAUGUUUUACGAAAUAACUGAUUGCACACAAAAGGAAGAGCUGUUGGAGAUGUUCUCCCCAGUGGACAAGAUUUUCCGUGAAAUCAUUCAGAUUACAUUACAUGAUCCACAUGUUUUGAAUAUUGUUCAAGUCAAGAAGACCACAGAAGCAAAUAGUCAGUUCCAAGGACAAAGACUACGAAUUCUCUUCAUUGAAGGACUCACCACAAUGGAAGGGAUUUCCAAUCAAUUGCUGUGUCUUCUUGACUUGCCUCGUGAGCAGUUUAAGAGACUCUACUUCCUCAGCAAUGACGAGGUGAUCAAACUUCUCUCAUUGCAACCAACACCUUCAUCCAUUUUACCAUUUGUCCGCAAAUGUUUCAAAGGGGUACGCUGGCUUGAGGUUGACCAGAAUAGUGACAAGCUACAUGAAAAUGACAGAGCAGAUAUCACUAAUGAACUGGGUUUAUCAAGCAACCAAUUGAGGGUCAAGGGCGUGUAUGGAACCCUUGGAGAACAUGUGCCUCUCCUUUUUCCUCUUGAGCCAAACCUCAGCCCCUUACUGUGGCUUGGAUUACUGGAGCAACAGCUACAAAAAGCCACGAAACAGCUCAUGAGUGAAUGCGUUGUUGCUCGACAAUGCUGUGAUACACUUGAAUGUGAUCAAGAGAAUGACAAGGGCGCAGAAAACUUGUCACCUAGAGCUCCUCACUUCUCAAGCUUUUCGGUCUUGAUAAAUAAGGAAGGGGUGAUAUCAAAGGAGAAUGAGCCACCCACCCUUUUGGACCUUAUCUCUGAAUUCCCCCUGCAAUGCAUUUUAGUGGUGGAAGAGGUCUUGUGGUAUACUUAUGUCCAAAAGGCUCUCCUGAAUCGAGCUCAUGUUAAAUACACCAAGGCACAGAAUGCAGCCAAAAUUCAGAAUCUAUGCAAAGCCAUUCGUGACCUCAGCACAGACUCAGGUCACAGAGCAGUGGCAUCCAGUCGCUUAGUGACGUCACUCCGUUCCUUGGUUUUACUAGUUAUGAAGCAUGCCCAACAGUUUGUUGAGAUCUCGGAGGUGCACGGUGACCUGUCAUCAUCUUUUGAGUGGCAGAAGCUGAUGAAGUAUCAUCUAAGCUUGGUUAAUAAUUCAAGUCAUAGUGGCUGCUCACUCUCUCAGGAAGAUCAUUGCAAGGAACAGUUAAUUUGUGUUGAUGUCUUUGGUGCACAGUUGCCCUAUGGCUAUGAAUAUAUAGGACCAGAGAAUUGGAUGAUGGUGAGUACUCCUUCAACAGAACGGGCAGUCUUGGGCAUACUCCUUGCCCUCACUAGCUACAGGUCUGGUUUCAUUAGUGGACUGAGAAUGUCUGGUAAAAGCAAGACUGCGGUCCACUUAGGACAAGCAUUGGGUAGACAGGUGGUCACCCUCACAUGUUGUAGAAAUACAAGUUUUUCAGUUGUUCAGCAGAUGCUGCUUGGUGCUCUUCAAACUGGAGCCUGGCUAGUACUAGACUCUGUGGAUUCACUAUCACAUGGGAUGCUGUCCCUUCUGGGGCAGGACUUGUCAGAUAUUCAUCAGACAUUGUCAGUAUUUCAAGGAAACAUUCAGCAGAAAGAAAUUGAUGAUAAGCCCUCAUCAAAGAGCAAAGAUUGGGAUUUCAUCACAAAGGAUUACAAAAUACUGGAUGAAGAUGAAUGCCCAAUGUUAUUUGCUGGUAAGAAAAUAAUGGCAAAGCUGAACUAUGGAUGUGUCAUGAUUUCUUCAGAUGGGUAUUCAGCUGAAGUGCCAGAAAACCUGAGAGUAGCAACCAGACCAGUUUCAUUAACUCAACAUGACUGCAGGAUUGUUGCAGAGGUCAUGCUUCUGUCCCAUGGGUUCUCUGAAGCCACCACUAUAAGCCAGUGUUUAGUGUCUCUCUUUAGCCUAGCCAAGGAUUUACUUUGUCUUCUCGAUUCUGCCACUGAUGCUCAAAUCUCCUGGCUUGUUCUUCUGAGAAAUGUCAUUACUACAUCUAAAUUGUACCUACACAGCAACAAUGAAGAGAGAAGAGAAAGUCUUUCUGAUACAGUUCUUAAAUCAUCCGAAAAAGAGGCAGGAGAAGUCAGAAGUCGUCAACCACGUCAGUUUAAGUGUCCCAAUAAAUCUGCUGCUGUUGUAAAUGCUGUGUUAGAAGAGCAAGCAGUCAUUAAAGGUAUAAUGUCAGUCUUAUUGCCUGCAAUCUUUGAUCAGAGGAGAGCCUCAGAAUUCUGCAGAAUUUUGGAAGAAAUAUUCCCAGCUGCUCGGUCCUUUCCAGCUGUCCAGCAGUUCAUUGAGGAAUAUGAGCAGAAUAUCCUCAAGGAUGCUAUCACAGAAGAGUUGCAGAAAACAGGAUUUUAUUGUGACACAAGUCUUCUUCACAAUACCCUAAACCUUUAUCAGGCCCUGAAACUCUCCAGAGCAGUCGUACUCAUUGGACCGGCAGGUAGUGGUAAAACAACCUGUUAUCGAGCUCUUGCAGGAGCACUCCGUAAACUUGCAGCGUCAGCUGCUGAAGCUGAAUCAGAAGACGCUCUCACUACAGAAAAUGAUUCCUCAAAGAGGUUUUCUCAUUUCAGCUGGAGUUCUGUGGAAACAGUAGUCCUAUUCCCCAAUGCCUUGUCCUAUGAGGAGUUCUUUGGAAGCUACAAUGAACAGCAGGGAUCCUGGUGGGAUGGUGCACUCACUAAAGUUCUCAGAGACUCGGAGUUGUAUGAUUUUUCAGUCAAUAGUCCAGCCAAGAUCAAAAAGAGCAUUUUGCACGGACAAAAGGUGAAAUGGCUAGUACUAGAUGGGGAUCCCCUGAGCCAACCAGGCUGGUUGGAUAUUCUGUGCACAUUUAGCAUCCUUGAAGAACCCUUUCUUUGUCUUUCGUCAGGGGAGAAAAUUUUUCCAUCGUGUGAAGAAUUCAAAAUAUUGGCUGAGGUCACAGACCUUGGUAAUGCUACUCCUUCGGCAGUGACUUGCUGCAACCUGGUUUACAUCUCUGGAAAGGACAUGUGGAAAGCUGUGUGGAAAGCUGAAAAGGAUUCUCUGUACAGGGAGCUUACCCUUGACCAAAGCACACUGAAGAUGUGGAGUUACCUGGCAGAUGAUCUUUUUUCAAGCACCCUGACUUUCCUCAGGCAACAGACUCUUGCAUCAGUGAUGUUUUAUGAUGAAUAUGAGGUCAAUAUAUCAAGUAGUAGAGUGACAUAUGGACUGCAGGAAAUAAUGUCAUUUGUGAGAAUCUUCCGUGCCCUUCUAGAACAAUUUGGGAAAGCAAAAGGCCUGAAAGCUACACUCAGACCAACAGAGAAGAGAGAUGAGACACCAGAUGGAUCUAAGCAAUCCUGUACAGAUCCCAUUAUCUCUUCCACUCAGCAAGAGUUGCAGAACAGGAAUCUUUUUGUGCUGGCCUAUAUUUGGGGAUUUGGUGGUCAGCUUCAUCCUCGACACUGGCCACAGUUUGACCAUUUUGCUCGAGAGGCACUGUACAAGAGCCGCUACAAAGUGGAGGUGCCUCCUGAGGGGACAGUGUUUGAGUACUUUUUUGACUUCAGUGAUGACCAACACUUCACAGCAAAUGCAAUAAGCAACACCAGGAAUGAGUGUCCCAGCCUGUCCUACAGAUCAAUGCCCCAGUAUGAAAAAUGUGCAUGUGUCCUAGACCUACUGCUGGAUGCACAUCAACCAGCACUAUUGGUGGGAGAGUCAGGGUCAGGUAAAACAACGCUUUGCCAGUCUUUAUUAACACAAGAAAGGCCACAUAUACGCCUACCAGCUAGCCCACUCCUUCAGUCUGCUGACUUGCGUAAUAUACUUGAAAAAAUGGGCUCCCAGAAGACUCGAAUGGCCACCACAGGCACCUCCAUCAAGCAGCCUGGAUUGCUUCUGUUUGUAGAUGAUUUACAUGAAGCUCCUCUUGAUGUUUGUGGGAAGACCUGCAUGGCACUCGAGACAUUACGUCAGUGCAUUUCUAGGGGUGGAGUGUUGACGUCAAAUGGCUGUCACUUUAAGCUAUUCAGUUCUGGAGCUAUCAGCUACCUGGGGACUUGUAGUACAUCUGGAGUAGGCAGCAACAAUUGGCUUUCCCCUCGACUCACCAGACUAUUUACUAUCUUGGUGCUUCCUGUUGUUACCAAAGAUGUACUCUUUUCCAUGCAUUCAGCAAGGUUAUAUCAGUGGCUUAGAGAGUUCCCGUCCUUGUCAAGGGUUGCAGACAUGGCAAAGUGCAUUAUUACUGCAACACUGGAUUUAUACCAUGCUGUGUGUGAACAGUUUCCCCGCGAUUCACGUAGACCUCAUUUUGUUUUCUCCCUCCAUGACAUUGAAAAGGUGUUCCAAGGGAUGUACCUAUGGGGACCACGUAUGCCAUUCCAGAGAAAAGUUAGUGUUUGCCCCCAAACUGCUCUCUCAUCGAGCUCUUUACCUUUCUUUUCUCUAGCCACAUUUGGACCUGCAGCAAAUGUGCUCAACAUUGCUCGUCUGUGGUUGCACGAGUGUCUCCGUACCUUUGGUGAUCGUCUGUCGUUAGAUCAGGAAAGGCACAAUCUAGUUUUAAUUCUUUCCCAAGUCUGUGAUAAUAGUUUUAGCAGCUGGGUUUUACCUGUUUUGAAAACCAGUGGAGUAAAUACACCAAGCCCUGUUCGUCUAUCACCCGUCACAACCACAGGCAGUGUAAAGGUGAUCCAGCAACAACCCCCAUCUCAGAUGCAUAAAGAUAAGAAUGAGAGCAUCUUGCCAACCGAAACAUUGGUAAGAUCCCCCUUGCCAAAAGAGGUUGGAAACCUCAUGGGUUUGGUGGAGGAAACAGAGUUUUCUGAAGAACAGAGCAGCUCGGAGCCUAACUUUCAUUACAGCGGAAAUUGUGUAGACUCAUCCAGUGAAGCCUCAGAGGAAAAGAGUAGAAAUAAUGGCAAAAACACGAAAGAUGACCCUAACACAGAUGAGUCUCAUUCUGUACCUUUAGAUAACAUAGCCACUCAUGCACCGGGGAACUUCCAGCCCUCUCCUCCCAAAGAGGCGAAAACAUCCAAAAAUCCACAUUUGAAAAGAAUUCAAAAGCUUCAGUGGCCACCAACCGAAACACACACUUCAGAAAAAACAGGGGGGGCAAGCCCUGUCGAAUUACCCCUGCACCUACUGCAGGACAUGGCAUAUGCCAUUCACAAUGUGAUAUUUUGUCCUGAACUGUGUGAGCCUCUCCACUCUAGAGCACAACAGUGUAGUUUUAAGCGCAAUGCAGUCUACCAGGAGAGAGAUUUGGACAUAUUAGUGCACCAGCUUGCACUCACAGUUAAGAGAAAAGAGAAGGAAGAGGAAAAAGAAUUAGACAAUAAGGACCAUAACACUACCAGCUGUGCUGUGCACAAGCAGAGAGUGAAGCAGCUUGUCCAUGUUCUUCGUGCCUUGCUCAUUCCUGGUGGUCAUGGGGUUCUGUUCGCGGCUGCCAGGAACACAGGCAGGAAGACCACAGUACGUCUUGCAGCCUGUCUGACCAGAUACAAGCUUUUUGAGGUACACCCCAGAAAUGAGUCCAAAUUAUGGGAGAUGCUGAAAGAAGCUGGAAGUCAGGUUGGGGUACGUGGUUCCAGUGUGGUGUUUCUAAUCCAUGAGGAGACCAGCCAAGACAUUAAAGAUAAGCUACUGUUUGUGAUGGCUAAUGGAACAUUUCCCGGGCUUUACUCAGACGAAGAGCUGAAGAAUCUGGCGCUGAAGAUUAAUGCUGUACUUAAGUCACACAAUCGCCCGAGCAAUGACCAGGCUCUUGAAAAAUAUUUUAGGGAUAUCAAAAGGAAUAUGCAUGUGUUCCUUCUGCUGCCAUUAAUUCAAGACACCAGCAAGAGACAACCAGGAGAAGCCACUUUGGUUGCAAAUAUUACCAAAGCUCUCAGUCUCUCCUGUUAUGUUGAAGUAUAUCAGCCUUGGAACACAGAAACUUUGACUGAAAUUGCUACUUGCUCUCUGAAGAAAAAUCUUGACGAUGACUUAGUGGCCAGUAUUUCUCACGCUAUGGCAGGAAUUCACCAGUCAGCAACUGAAUAUGCCACAGUUUUUCUAAACAUGCAGCCUUUCAGCCCUCAAACCCAUGAGGAGCUGAUGGCACACUUCUUCCAUCUUUGCAGUCAUCUUUCUGAACAAGGCAGAGAUCAGGCCAACAAAAUUGCAACUGUUCUUGCCCGUGUAAAGGCCAUGACUGACAAGGUUGACCAGUACAGUCAGGAAGUGUUGAAGCUUGCAUCCAAAGUUGCUGAAACAGAAAAGUGUCUGGAGCAGGUGCAGAGUGCAGUGGACGCUGGGCGCUUAUCCUGUGAAUGUAGCCGUCAGCACUGCCUGUUAGAGGAGAAUCGACUCGCUCACCUUAAAGAACAGUCGUAUUUAACCCAACAACACAUGCAAGAGGCAAGCCCUUUGUAUCAGGCAGCUGUUAAAGCACUGCAGUCCCUUAGCCAGUCAGACCUGGAUGAAGUGCGACGCUAUCGAAAUCCCCCGGCUCGUGUGGUUAUGGUCAUGGAUACUUUGUGCAGGAUGUUCAACCGUCCACCCAACUGGGAAAGUAGCAAACAACUUCUUGGGCAGGCCAAUUUCUUUCAGGAGCUGGAAUUCUAUGAUGUCACCCAAAUAAGUGAUGAGCUGUUUCAAAAACUGGGCAAAAUUGUCGAGGAACCAAAUUUCCAGCCAGCCACCGUUCGUGGCGUGAGUCGGGCCUGUGAGUCUCUCUGUCGCUGGGUUCAGGCAAUAUACCAGUACGCCUGUGUCCAGCGCAGAAUGGCCCCGCAGAGGGCGCAAAGAAGUCAGUUGGACGAACUCAUGGCAGAGAGCCGCGCACGACUACGCGAGGCCAGGCUGCAAGAGGAGGCUGCUGGGGAACAGCUGAGAAACCUGGAGAAGCAAAGGCAGUUCAUCAGCAAAGAGCUAGAGUCUUUGUCUGCCCUGCUUCACAAAGCCAAAACUAAAGAGGGUUAUGCUGUUGCUGCUAUCCAGCAGCUAGGCUGCCACAUAGCUAAAUGGAAGGAAGCACAAAGGGAGACAGAGGUGAACAAUCAGACCAUUUCAGGUGACGCUCUGAUUUUGGCUGCUGCCAUCACUUACUUGGGCCCAUUUAGGCCUGAUAUUCGUUUAGAACUGUUGGGGAAAUGGCGAAAGCUGUGUCUCACUGGUGGCAUUGACAAACGGCCAAGAGAUCCUCGGUCGUCGCUGCUCAGCAGCCCCGAACCAACCCCUGCUGAGUGCCCCCUUUUUGUCCCAAUUCCCAUGUGUGAGGAACCUCAGGUGGCUCUUGCUCGUGUAGUGGGACUCGAUGAGCGUGUGGCUGAGGGAGUGCCUCCAUGGCUCAUUCUGAAACUACUGCUGUGGGGAUGCAGGGUCCCCUGGGCUACACGCUGGCCUUUGCUGUCUGAGAUACAGCAAUAUGAGGAGCUCAGCUCCAGGACCCCAUUACUGACAGGGAAAGAUACCAGCAUUCAUAAGGAGGGAGAGUAUGGGCUUUUAGUCUGUGCUGAUGAUCCAGAACUGCUGGACAAAUUGAACCAAGGAGCAGAAAAAGGUCUAAAGGUACUGGUUACCCAUGUUGAGAGAGCGACACCAAGCGAUGAAUUUCUCGAGCUGUUAGUGCAGCCAGCUGGAAGCUGCUCUCCUGGUCGAAAACACCCCAUCAAAGUGGCCCAUCCUGACUUCUGCCUGUCUCUAAGCACUCCACUGCCUGUUCAAAUCCUGCAGUCCGAGAUUCACCCUUCAAUAUUGGCUGCAGUUCAGCUAAUUGACCUCUCUCUGAGCCCCACAGAAGUCAAAGACAUUAUUCUAAUGGAAUUAAUGCAGUCAGAGUGUCUAGCGCUAUGGAAACACCAUUGCCAAGUGAGGAGAAACAUAAAUACACUACAGGUCAAACUAAAUCAAGCAGAGGUUUCUCUGAUGGAAUACAUCCUAAAUUCCUCCACCCCACUUCACGAGGAUCCAGAGUUUUUACCUCAUGUGUCAGCAUAUGAGAGUACCUCGCAAAUGGUGGAGUCGGAAAUCCUGGAGCUUAGUCAUGAGCUAGAUCAAAAUACAUCGCUACUGAAUGAUUACUACAGUGUGGCAGGGCUGGCCACUGCCCUCUGCCAGGCUUUACAGGAGGUGGCCAGGCUCUCUCCCUUCUAUUUUUUCCCCUUGCGCAAUUUUUUGCUUGUUUUGCAGGGGGCUUUAGCCCUGAAGGAGCGCUCAUGUGAGACAAACAGUAGCAAGCUUGUGACUGAUAUAGUCACAGCAGAAAUUACCCACAGAAUUGUGUCCCAUUUCUUGGCUCAGUACCAGCCAUGCCUGUUCCAGAGCCAUGCCGCGUUGCUAAGGUUGCUGGUGUCGCUAACGUUCUUUGCACACACUGAGGUGUGUUCCGAGGUUGAGCACGUGACUUUCCUCAGAGGGUUCACUGGCAUGGAGUCUCCGCAGGAUGUGAAAAACUCCAUCUCCCCGUGCCUACAAUCUCUUCCUCAGCUCCCAAGCUGGAUACCUCCUCAUGCAAGGACAGAUGUGCAUCUUCUUGAGAGAAUUACACCGUUUAAGGGCCUGGUUUCAUCGUUUAUGACCUCAUCCAAACAGUGGCAGGAGUAUUUUCAUUUUCCGUCAUCCACGGUGGUGGGCUCUGUUCCCUGUCAGACCCACUCUCACCUAUCCACAUUACAACGUGCUCUUCUCUGGAAGACCCUCUUUCCUGAAUGGUUGUCAGCAGUGGCAGAAGACCUCGCUGCCUGUCAGCAGGGACACCCAAUUCAAUCAGCAGUGGCAGGUAUUCCUUACCCUGGCUCUCCAGAGGCAAUUUCACAACUUUUGCACAAAAAUGAGGGCCCUGUGAUUGUUGCCCUCCCAGACUCAAGCAAAGAAGGAUGGGAAAGCGUUCACCCUUUUCACUGGAUUGAGCAAGUGGCUCGCUAUCAAGCGGACAAGGAAAAGAUAAGAGUGAUGGUCAUUUCCUUUGGCGCCGAGUGCCAGAGAGAAGCUGUUCUUUCAGCACUAGACACAGCUGUACAAAAUGGCUGUUGGCUUGUCUUGAACAAUUGUCAUAUACUUGACCACUGGGACGAUGAAGUUGUACAUCAACUGAGUCAAGUAAUAUCUGGCACAUCUGAAGGACCUCAAGCCAAUCAAGAGGCAGAAGACGGGCUCGUUCCAAUCAGAGGGUGUACCAGGAGACAAGUGCAUCCUCAUUUCAGGCUGUGGUUUAUAACCAAAGAACAUAAGCCAUUCUCUGUUCCAGCCGUAGUUAGACUGCAUGCCCUUCGUUUAGUAUGCAGUUCCCCCAGGGAUCUGAGGGAAGAGCUGUGUUCUGCCAUUCGACUGGUUGUGUCCUCUGCUAUCUCUGCCGACUCCCCUCGCCCUACUGUAAGCUCGCUGGAGCCUCUCCUUCGAUGUGGUAUCCUCCACUCAGUGCUGAUGCAGAGGCAGGCCUUCAAGCACCUCGGCCAGGGAAACGUUUACAGAUGGACACAGGAAGAUCUGAUUACCCUCUUGGAAGUCCAGGCCCAUGUCACCAAACACUGCAGCGAUCCUGCUGGCGCACUACACUAUGUCGCAGCCCGUCUAGUGUAUGGUGGUCAUGUUUCAGACUGUGCUGACCUAGAGGCAGUAGAAGCUGUCUCCACAGCCUGUUUAAGGCCAGAGCCUGAACUGUGGGGGAGUGGCCCUCACACUCUUCCAGAAAUAAUCAACACCUUUGGACCUUAUGACUUGGAUACUGUGCUCAGCAGUCUUGAGCAUCACGUCCAUGCUCUACCAAGCAGCAGUGACACCGUGGUACUUGGCUUCAGCCCUGGACUGUCUAUAGAGAUGGUGAAACUGCAAAGCAGAACGCUGAACGGUCUGUUGGACCAGUCCGAGAACACACAAAGUACAGGCAGAGUAUAUGAUAAUGUCCCACACCCACCCUUGGUGCCUUUAGACACCAGGGGAGUCAAAAAAAGGCUACAAGCCUUAAAGGGUAGACUCGAAAGUGGAGAAGAUAAAAGAGGAAAGGAAAUGGGCAGUGUGCCCUCCGGUCCCUUGCAUAACUUCCUCCAAACAGAGUGGAAUGGUCUAAAAGAGAUGGUGGCCUCCUUUCUCGUAGACCUCGCCAAGCCACCUCGAUAUGACAACGCCAUACGCUCCCCUGAUUUCAUAGUAUCAACCCUGUCCCAGCUGGAGACUCAAGUAGACCUGCUCACAGCCUAUCUAUGGGAGAGGAAAUCCAGCGAUCAACCUGCUGUUUACUGCCUGUCUGCCUUUCUAAAUCCCCGAGGCUUCCUGGCAGCCGUGCGAAGAGAAGCUGCCCAGACCAAACAGAGAGAUAUAGGCCAAGUCUAUCUGCACUUCCAGGUGCUGGGUGCUGCAGUAUCUCCUGCCUGUCUUCCUGCCAGCGGAGUUUACAUAUGUGGACUGGAUGUGCAGGGUGCGCUGUGGAAUACAAGACUUGAAGCUCUUCAGGACACUUUAUCCCCACAGCCCUGCCCUCUGCCCCUUGUAUGGGUCAGAGGUCGAGUGAGGAACAGUGACAUCGCUACAUCUCCUGACAGCUCAACCAGCACUGCAUCUCUGCCUGUCUAUCACUGUCCCCUUUACCUGGACACACAGCUGGGCAAUGUCGAGAGGUGUCUAUCUGAAGAGCAUAUUGUCACUCGUGUGCCUCUUGUCACAAAAUUAGAUCCAGUGCUUUGCACCCUAAGACGUGUUAGGUUAGUGAGUUCACUGAGAGACAGCAGUUACAUGGCCAAGAUUUGA